AAAAAUACUGGUAAAAUGUCAUUAUAUUAUGAUGAAAAUUCUGAAACACAAGUUUCAUCAACUACAACUAUUAAUCUGCCAUUAGAAUCGAUUACGGGUUUAUCGGAAAUUGAUUGUAAUUCAGCAACAACACCAUGCUCAUCGAUGAGAAAUGUUGGUGAUAAUAAUUCUUUCCAAACAAUAAAAAUGUCUUCGGAUGGAAAAAAAGUAUUAUUGGAACGAAAAUUGAAUACGAUUCAGAUAUCCAAAAGUCAUAGUGGCUCAAUUUGUCUAAGGAAAUCAGUGAAUCGUGGUCGUUGGUCCAAAGAAGAAGAUAAUAAAUUGAAACGAUUGGUUGAAAAAUAUAAUGAAGAUUGGUAUCAAGUUUCAACACAUUUUUCCGAUCGUUCCGAUAUUCAAUGUCAACAACGCUGGUGUAAAGUUCUCAAUCCUAAACUGAUCAAAGGACCAUGGACGCCAAAAGAGGAUGAAAAAAUAGUCGAAUUGGUCAGAAAAUAUGGUCCAAAAAAAUGGACAAUCAUAGCAAAAUAUUUGGAUGGUCGAAUCGGUAAACAAUGUCGUGAACGAUGGCAUAAUCAUCUAAAUCCGGAUAUUAUAAAAUCUGCAUGGACUGAUCAUGAAGAACGGACAAUCAUUCAGGCACAUACUAUACAUGGUAAUCAAUGGGCAAAGAUUGCCAAACUAUUACCCGGUCGAACUGAUAAUGCAAUAAAAAAUCAUUGGAAUUCUACGUUAAAACGUAAAGCACAAGCCAUGAAAGAAGGUAUUCCUUUUGCCGAAUUCAAAAAACGUAUUAAAAAGAAAAAGACUCCCAAAACAACAACUAGUCCUAUGAAAAAAUUCGCUACAUCCACAAUAAUUUAUUCGAAUAAUAACAAUGAAACAAAUACUGUAAACAGUACUUCGAAUACCGAUGAUGAUUUAAAUGAUUUUAGCGAUCUUUUCGAUUCAAGCCAAAGAGAAAUGUUGGAAUGUGAACUAUCCGAAAUUCAGGAUGUAAACGAUCUUGUUUCAGCCAUCAAAUCAUCACCUUUACGUAGUCUGAUGAUUUCUCCCACGAAAAAUUCUACUAUCAUCAAUGAUGUUGAUAAUCAACAACAACAGCAACAACGAAUCGAUACUGAUACAAGUUCUUAUAUUGAAGAGUUUAGUAGUGGAUAUCAAACACAACCAGACAUGUCAAAUGUUUCUUCAUUCAUUUCGCCAAUCAAAAUGAAUUCAAUCUAUACUGGUGACCAACAUCCAACACCUUCGAAAAAGCCAUUUAGUCCAUUACAAUUUGAUACUCCUAUAUCAUCAAAAGUCAUUACGAAUUCAAUAUCAACGCCAUACCUCUACACAUCGUCAUCACUAUCGGAUCAAUCGAUCAUGAUGAUCAAGUCGAAAAACAAGGAGAAUGUAUCACCAUUGAAAACAAAUUCCAAUCGAUCAUCGAAUCGGAAUAAGCAGUACUCAAUGAUGGAUGUAAUGCUAAGUAAUAGUAGUAAUCCUUUCAUCAAUUCGGUUGUUUGUUCGCCGCAGGCCAUCGAAACGAAUGAAAAAUUACCAAUAGAAUCUCAUACCGAAGAGAUCUUAUUCGAAACCCCGAGUAAAUCAUUCAUCCAGGAUGAUCAAUUAUUUUCACCACAAUCAUCGUUUGGUAUAUCGGCAAUAUCACCCACCAAAAAUCUAUCACCCGGUGUGGGAACAUUGCUGAAGAAGCAACAAGUUUCAUCAGGCAAUAAAAAUAUACUUCGCACUAUCAAUCAAAUGGAUCCACCACUGGCAACAUCACAAUUAUCAUCGCCAUUGAUAGGUAAUAAAACGGAAGGUCAAUCGAUCAGUAAUACUAGUAACAUACCAUACACGAUGACUAUCAAUAACGAUACUUCGAUAAUGGACAAUCGUAAUGGCUAUAUACCAUUGACACCGAUGUCCAAUAUUUCUGUGAUAUCAAAUUCACUCGAAUCAAACAAUCAAGAUAUUAUGGAAAAUGUGAAUCAAUCAAUGGAACCAAAUACAAAUACAUCGAGAAUAAUUACGUUGACAAUGCCUUCAACAUCGAUGGACACAACAACAGCUUAUUAUCCCAUACAAUUGGUCAAUAUGGGAUCGAUAAUUCCAUUACAAACAUCAACAAUACUGGAAUCGAACACGACUACAACAACAAACGAAUCUCGACAACAACCAUUUUACAUCCUACCAAAGAUCAAUGUUAUCCACGAAGUACCAAUAACAUUUCAAAAAACCAUUCCAUCGAACCGUGUUCGUCAACGCAAACCUCGCCCGACAAGAUCUCGAAUGCGACUCUUUUCAUCGGACCAGGCCAUCAACGACAACAGUAUAUCGGAAUCGUCAACACCAUCGGCAAUCAGUCCUAUCACAUCGGACAACGAAUCGAACAUGGAAACGAAACAAUCGAGCAAUAUGGUGGCCAACACCAAUCAAUGGUUUAUAUUGGCAACCGGGCAGACAACCAUACAGAAAGAAGUGACAAAACAGGCCCGAACUUUUCUUCAAUCGAAAAACAAUCCAUGUUUGCCGAAACAACGACGUACACCGAUCGUUCCCCUUCUUCGUAUGAAUUGUCACAACCGAAAAACAUCGAAUCAAAAUAAAAUUAUCAUUUGAGAAAUUAUGGAAUUUGAAGGAUUAAAUAAUCAAAUUGAAAAAUAUAACAAUCUUCAAAAUGAAAUUGAUAAAAUGGAACAAAUACUGCAAGGAUUACGUGAUAAAACAAAAGAAUUGGAAAAAGAAGUUUAUGAAGAUAAAUAUGUAAAUCAGAUAUCCGGAUUGACCGAAGAAAAUUUGAAAUUAAUGUUAGAUGUACAUUUACUUUCCUAUCAAUGUGAUUUAUUAACUUUUAAUAAUAAUAAUAAUAAUGCAAAUACUAAUGUAAGAAAUAAUCCAUAUGCAUAUGGAUCAUCAAGAUUACAAAAUCAACAAUAUAUAAUGGGUCAAUCAUCACGUCGUCCUAUUGUUAAUAAUGCAAAUAAUGUUCAAAUUGCUGCUGGUCCAUCAUUUUUGAUUCAACGAAAUCAACCAAUUGAACCAUAUAGAAAUUUUGAUGAUGAUAUUCUAUUUACACGAUUACCACAUACCAAUCAGAUUGCAGCCAAUUUACAACCAUGUAAAUUGAUAGCGACUACCACCAAUACUAAUAAUCAAAAUCAUAAUCAAAAAUCACCACCAUUACCACCAAGACCUAAUAGACAUCAACAUCCAUCUCGUUCACCACCACCACCACCACCACCUGGUUAUCAUAAACAAGGAUCUUCAAGUCAUUCAUUUAUGAUACUUAACAACAACAAUCAAGAUAAUCAACAACGUAAAUGGAAAUGUGCUCGAUGUACAUUGGAAAAUAAUGACAAUCUUAAUAAAUGUGAAGCAUGUGAAUUUGUACGAUUAGAACCACCAUUAGGUUCGAUUAUAGCUAAAAAUCAGGAAUCAUUACAUAAAUUAACACUUGAUUCGUCGACAACAACAACAUCACCAACUUCACCACCAAUAACACAUGGUCAUCAUCAUGGUAAAAAAUGGAAUAAACGACAAAAUCAUUGAAUCGA